UUUAAUAUUUUAAGACUUGAAAGAACUUCAUAUGAAUCUUUGUAGAGCUUAGCCAAUGGCUUAAAUAGAAUAACACUUUGAGGUUGGUAUUCUUUUUCCCAUUUCUUCUAUAGGUGAAGGUACUAAUGAUGUGAUCAUUAAGUAUUGCUUAGAAAGGAGGAUGGGUUUGGGGGACUGAAGUCCCUGAACCUUCGAGUUCUUAUUCCUAAUCACCCAGGAACAGAAAGAGGACCCACCCGUAUUUCUCUACUAUAGGAUGUUUCUCUCAAAAACUCAUACUGAUACAAGAAAAUGGACCAUUAACUACUUUGCAAAUUCUCAUUUUGUGUUACUGCAAUUGCAAAAACCAUUCUUACAACUCUGUAUUCAAAAGACUGCCAUGGAAAUAUGCCGCCAGACUACAACACAACCAAGGCGAUACUGGCGUGCGACAUCCCCUCUAACUUCUUUUCCUUGACAUAGCAACCACUCCUUGAUACUGUUCCAUACUCGGUCGUGCACCAGCCAGGAAAUGUCGUUGGAAAAAAUUCCUCACAUAGCUAACAACACCUCCAACAACUAUUACCUAGUGAAUUUGAUGCAUUCCAUAUAAUGGUAUGUCGUUCUUUCCGAUCCAGCCCUCUGCAUCCUUUUCAAGAAAAUUCCCCAUGCGAAGCAAUCUGUGAUUCCAGUAAUGAAGUUUGCCACUGG